AUGCCGUUAGAUAGAAGAUUGCAUGUCAGUAAGAUCGGACGAUUACUUUCUUCCUCAUCACAGGUGAUACCAUCUUCUUCACAGCCCGAUGAUAUUGGCCAGUUGAGUCAAGAGCAGAAACAGCAAGGAUUUGAAGAAGAUGAUACAGGCUUUAUUUUUAAACGGGCUUCCCAAGAGGAGAUCGGAAAGGUAUCGCAAAUAAAUGAUAGCAUUAAUUCACGGAGUACAAAGCGACGAAAAAAGCAACGUUUAGGCAAGACAAUCAAAGAUUCUAAAAGCAGUGCUUUAUUUAUGAAAGGCAAAGAAAUUACAAAGGGUUUGGAUGAGUUGUUAAACCGGUCAAUAUCUCAGCAGGCUGAGCGUCCAAAGAAAACAGCAGGGAAGAGUUCAAAGUCUCGGAAAGCAAAGGUCAAAAGAAACAACAUUAAGCAUAUUAAGCAACCCCGUGAUAAGAAGACUGAAAAGGAAAUGCCACGUUCAGAUGACACAGCAAAGAAUUCUUUGAGCCAAAAAAAGUACAUUCAAUUAUCGGGAGGGCCACCUACUAAAAAGCGUGUUAAGAAGUAUUCAGAAAGCACAACCCCCUCGGAACCCGAAAGCACGUUGUUGGAUGUUCUUGAAUAUGAAAAUAUCUCUGAUGAAAAUAAUGAUAAUAGUAAUUUAUUAGUAAGCUCUGGGGACGACACAGAUCAGGUAUUCUCAUUGGAUGAUGAUGUUGACGAUUCUGUUUAUCGAGAGGAAACGUAUGAUCAAAAGCCCGAAGAAUUGAAUGUCAAAAGACACAAAAAUUCAUUAGAGCUAAAUUUUAUUGAUCGAAGUACACAUAGCAAUGAUGAUAAUAUGGCUUUGCAGGAUGCUCCCGACUUUUAUGAAACCGACGCAUUUCACGUUGACGAACCAACAGAACAGGUGAGUGAUAAUUUGGAUAAUAGCCAUGUCUCAAAUUUACAAAAUGCAAACGUUAGUGAAUAUCUUGCAGCUACAGGUGAUCCAAUCAUUGAUGUCGCAUCCAAAAUUCCUUUGAAGGAAUCGGUGGAGAGGCAAAGCCAGGAUCAAAGUACUACAGCAAAAUACUCAAGACGAUCAUCCUUAUCCAACCGUGGAAAACGAUUAUCAUCAAUUGGAAAUGGCUUUGUUGCUGAACCACAUUCAGAGGUCCCGAUUGAACAAUUCUAUAAACACUUCGAUAAGGAUUUACCAGAUCCUCAUAAAAUGCGUCAGCUCCUUGUAUGGUGUUGUCGUAGAAUUGAUUUUGGUGGAACAUCCAAAAACGAUCAGUUGGCAGCAAGCUUAGCGGAAAAAAUAAAGCAAAAGUUGAUUAAUGAUCUAAUUAAUGGCAAGAUUGAUAUUAAUCUCUGGCGAAGCAGCCCAGUGCAAAAUUCAAGUUCGAACGAAGCUUCCAAAGAGAUCAGCGGGACGAACACCGGGUUUAAUAGUGAUAACAUUGAUUCACAAUUCAAUAAGACGGAAAAAGCUAAGCAGCCAAUAGUGGUAAAGCCAAAUGAUGCGAAUAUAAGAAACAUGAAAUUGCUUCGAGAGUAUAAGAGCAAGUUAGAACGGUUAAAAAAGGAGGAAAAUGCUUGGAAGAAGGCAGCAGCGACCCUUCCCGUUUCAAUGGAGGAACAGUCAAGAGAAAAUGCUAUUGAUCUGAAUGAGUCAGAUGAUCUCCAAGUCCAGAAUGCUCUUGAAAGCCUGAAAAGCGUAAGUGAAAAAACGGAUCAAAAAAGGUAUUCUAUUAUAUUGGCUGAUAUGAUUGAACGAAUCAAGUUGAACGUUCAUAAACUUAAGAAAUCAGAUGCUGCUAUUUCACUGGUGGUGGAGAAGAAAAUGAAAGAACUUUCGCAAGUUCUUAAGAAGUCUACAGACUUAACAAACGACGAAGGACUCGAUCCAAAGAUGUUGUUACAAGCCUUAGCUGAGACCAAUUUGUUGUCUUAA